CAAGCCUAUUUAAAACCAAACAAGAGAAAGUUCCCAAACAUAUAUGUGUCUUGGAUUCUUCAUCUGUAAAACUGCGUUGUUGAGAAGAUAAUAUGAGACUAGGCGCGCAAAACAAUUUGGUAGAGCUAUUAUUUCUAACCCAAAAUAUGUUCGCUGUCAGUAACAGUGCAUUAGUUACGAUUCAUCGAGGGCAGCUUCUGGACUUUCUGUUUGGAAGUCCAGCUGAGGCAAAAGCAGCAGUGCGCUUAAAAACUGGAGCUCGCCACAUUCUGAAAUUCUUUCGGUUCGUGAAAGCAGUAACCUUGGAAACAAGACUGGCACCACCCCUUUCAGUUCUAAAGCUUGGUUUCUCCCGCUUUUCUCCAUUAUGUUUAGGGCAUCGCUAUCUUAUGGUCUUUUUGUUUUUUCUUUCCACAUCAUUAGCACAAAAGAGAAAUUCCCCUUCUACAGAAGCAAGUACAAAACCUUUCUAGUCGCCCCUUUUUGGCUGCAGCUCAUCUACUAUUUUUUUCUAUUCCGCGAUCGGAGCCCCAGACGUCCUCAAAGACAAAAACAUUUUCGCGAGGGCCAGUGUAGGGCAGGAACUCCCUAGGCCUUGAAUCAAGGGAAUCCAGUAGGUAACAACAGAAAGGACUCCGACCCAGGUACCUGAGAAAUCUGAGACCGCCAAAAUUAACACAACACCCUGCACGACACAGAAAACUCUGGGCGGGGAGAGAGAGAGAGAGUGAGAGUGAGAGUGAGAGCGACCGAGCGAGCGAGCGAGCGAGAGAGAACUGGGAGACAGAGAGAAAAGGAGACGAGAGAAAGCAACGUUCUCGCGACAAGAGGGGUGUAGACGGAAACUCGGAAAUGGUCCCCUAGACUACCCGGCCCCAGCCAGUGGGUGGGGCCAGGGUAAAUCCGCCCCCUUCCGGUUUUUUUCCUCGCCUCCCAACAGUGAGGUGUUGGGUUCUGGGGACGCUGGCAGCUAGGUUUUCUCGGUUCCCUUGGGCAGGUGCAGGGUCGGGUUCAAAGCCUCCGGAACGCGUUUUGGCCUGAUUUGAGGAGGGGGGCGGGGAGGGACCUGCGGCUUGCGGCCCCGCCCCCUUCUCCGGCUCGCCGCCGACCGAUAAGCCCGCCUCCUCCCUUGGCCGGCCCUGGGGCCGUGUCCCCCGGGCAACUCCAGCCAAGGCCUGGGCUUCUGCCUGCAGGUGUCUGCGGCGAGGCCGCUAGGGUACAGCCCGAUUUGGCCCCAUGGUGGGUUUCGGGGCCAACCGGCGGGCUGGCCGCCUGCCCUCUCUAGUGCUGGUGGUGCUGCUGGUGGUGAUCGUCGUCCUCGCCUUCAACUACUGGAGCAUCUCCUCCCGCCACGUCCUGCUUCAGGAGGAGGUGGCCGAGCUGCAGGGCCAGGUCCAGCGCACCGAAGUGGCCCGCGGGCGGCUGGAAAAGCGCAAUUCGGACCUCUUGCUGUUGGUGGACACGCACAAGAAACAGAUCGACCAGAAGGAGGCCGACUACGGCCGCCUCAGCAGCCGGCUGCAGGCCAGAGAGGGCCUCGGGAAGAGAUGCGAGGAUGACAAGGUUAAACUACAGAACAACAUAUCGUAUCAGAUGGCAGACAUACAUCAUUUAAAGGAGCAACUUGCCGAGCUUCGUCAGGAGUUUCUUCGACAAGAAGACCAGCUUCAGGACUAUAGGAAGAACAAUACUUACCUUGUGAAGAGGUUAGAAUAUGAAAGUUUUCAGUGUGGACAGCAGAUCAAGGAAUUGAGAGCACAACAUGAAGAAAAUAUUAAAAAGUUAGCAGACCAGUUUUUACAGGAACAAAAGCAAGAGGCCCACAAGAUUCAAUCAAAUGAUGGAAAAGAAUUGGAUAUAAACGAUCAAGUAGUACCUAAAAAUAUUCCAAAAGUAGCUGAGAAUGUUGCAGAUAAGAAUGAAGAACCCUCAAGCAAUCAUAUUCCACAUGGGAAAGAACAAAUCAAAAGAGGUGGUGAUGCAGGGAUGCCUGGAAUAGAAGAGAAUGACCUAGCAAAAGUUGAUGAUCUUCCCCCUGCUUUAAGGAAGCCUCCUAUUUCAGUUUCUCAACAUGAAAGUCAUCAAGCAAUCUCCCAUAUUCCAACUGGACAACCUCUCUCCCCAAAUAUGCCUCCAGAUUCACACGUAAACCACAAUGGAAACCCCGGUACUUCAAAACAGAAUCCUUCCAGUCCUCUUCAGCGUUUAAUUCCAGGCUCAAACUUGGACAGUGAACCUAGAAUUCAAACAGAUAUACUAAAGCAGGCUACCAAGGACAGAGUCAGUGAUUUCCAUAAAUUGAAGCAAAGCCGAUUCUUUGAUGAAAAUGAAUCCCCUGUUGAUCCGCAGCAUGGCUCUAAACUGGCGGAUUAUAAUGGGGAUGAUGGUAACGUAGGUGAGUAUGAGGCAGACAAGCAGGCUGAGCUGGCUUACAAUGAGGAAGAAGAUGGUGAUGGUGGAGAGGAAGACGUCCAAGAUGAUGAAGAACGAGAGCUUCAAAUGGAUCCUGCAGACUAUGGAAAGCAACAUUUCAAUGAUGUCCUUUAAGUCCUAAAGGAAUGCUUCAGAAAACCUAAAGUGCUGUAAAAUGAAAUCAUUCUACUUUGUCCUUUCUGACUUUUGUUGUAAAGAUGAAUUGUAUCAGUUGUAAAGAUACAUUGAGAUAGAAUUAAGGAAAAACUUUAAUGAAGGAAUGUACCCAUGUACAUAUGUGAACUUUUUCAUAUUGUAUUAUCAAGGUAUAGACUUUUUUGGUUAUGAUACAGUUAAGCCAAAAACAGCUAAUCUUUGCAUCUAAAGCAAACUAAUGUAUAUUUCACAUUUUAUUGAGCCGACUUAUUUCCACAAAUAGAUAAACAGGACAAAAUGGUUGUACAGGUUAUAUGUGGCAUAGCAUAACCACAGUAAGAACAGAACAGAUAUUCAGCAGAAAACUUUUUAUACUCUAAUUCUUUUUAAUUUUUUUUUUUGAGAUGGAGUUUUAGUCUUGUUUCCCAGGCUGGAGUGCAAUGGCACAAUCUUGGCUCACUGCAACCUCCGCCUCCUGGGUUCAGUCAAUUCUCCUGCCUCAGCCUCCCAAGUAGCUGGGAUUACAGGCACCCACCACCAUGCCCAGCUAAUUUUUGUAUUUUUAGUAGAGAGUUAAUAAUUGUAUAUUUAAUAAAGACGGGUUUCACCAUGUUGGCCAGGCUGGUCUUAAACUCCUGACCUCAGGUGAUCCUCCUGCCUUGGCCUCCCAAGUGCUGGAACUCCAGGCAUGAGCCAUUGCGCCCAGUCUACACACUAAUUCUUGUUAGCCCAACAGCUGUUCUGUUCUAUCUACCCCUCAUUUCAUGCUCAAGGAGUCAUACCUAGAAUAGUUACACACAAGAGGGAAACUGGAAGCCAAACAAUGUACAGUAUUGUGUACAAAGUCACCUCCCUACUCCUUUUAUUUUACAUGAGUGCUGAUGUGUUUUGGCAGAUGAGCUUUCAGCUGAGGCCUGAUGGAAAUUGAGAUAACCUGCAAAGACAUAAUAAUAUUUAUGAGUUAUAUCUUAGUUCUUGAAAUUGUGGAAUGCAUGAUUGACAAUAUAUUUUUAAUUUUUAUUUUUUCAAGUAAUACCAGUACUGUUUAACUAUAGCCAGAACUGGCUAAAAUUUUUAUAUUUUCAGAGUUGAAGUUGGUGAAGACAUUCAUGAUUUAAACACCAGAUCCUGAAAGGGGUUAAAUCUACUUUGAAAUGAAUCUGCAAUCAGUAUUUCAAAGAUUUUCUGGUAAUUUUAGUGAUCUUAUUUGAUUAGACUUUUCCAGAAGUACUAAAUAAGGAAUUUUAACAGGUUUUUAUUAAAGCACAGAUAAAUAGAAGUACAGUGAGGUCUAUAGCCAUUUUAUUAAAAUAGCUUAAAAGUUUGUAAAAAAAAAUGAAUCUUUGUAAUUACUUAAUAUGUUAGUUAAGAACCCGUCAAGCUUAUAUUUGCUAGACUUACAAAUUAUUUUAAAUGCAUUUAUCUUUUUUGACACUAUUCAUUGAAAUGUGUAAGCUAGCUAAUUCUUGUUUUCUGAUUUAAAGCACUUUUAAAUCUUAUCCUGCCCCCUAAAAACAAAAGGUUUUGAUCACAAGGGGAAAUUUAAGAUUGUUAACCCCGUUUUUCAGAAGGGCUACUGUUAAUUGCACAUAAACAUGAAAUGUGUUUUCCCCUGUGUACUAACAGAUUCUAGGCAAAAUUCAAACUUAUAGUGGUAAAAAAACAGGUUGUUCACUUGUUGAGGUGCAAAAAUUCUUAAGACUUCUGUUUGAAAUUGCUCAGUGACUAGGAAAAGAUGUAGUAGUUUACUAAAAUUGUUUUUCCACCAUAUCAAAUUAAACAAUUCAUGCCUUUAUAGGGUCAGGCCUACAAUGAAUAGGUAUGGUGGUUCACAGAAUUUUAAAAUAGAGUUAAAGGGAAGUGUUGUACAUUUUGGGAGCAUUAGGGUAGGGAGAUGAAUCGAAAAAUACCCCUAGUAAUGCUUUAUAUUUUAAUACUGCAAAAGCUUUACAAAUGGAAACCAUGCAAUUACCUGCCUUAGUUCUUUUGUCAUAAAAACAAUCACUUGGUUGGUUGUAUUGUAGCUAUUACUUAUACAGCAACAUUUCUUCAAUUAGCAGUCUAGACAUUUUAUAAACAGAAAUCUUGGACCAAUUGAUAAUAUUUCUGACUGUAUUAAUAUUUCAGUGCUGUAAAAUACUAUGUGACUCUCUUAAAAAUCUGACAUUUUAGAGUCUGUAUUAGACAUACUGUUUUUAUAAUGUUUUACUUCUGCCUUAAGAUUUAGGUUUUUUAAAUGUAUUUUUGCCCUGAAUUAAGUGUUAAUUUGAUGGAAACUCUGCUUUUAAAAUCAUCAUUUACUGGGUUCUAAUAAAUUAAAAAUUAAACUUG